AUGGCUGAAAUGGCUAUGAAAGGAUGGUAUGAAGUACGUGGAAAGGUGAGGGUCACUGUGGAUUUUAUUAGCCUACAUCUACCUUUUAGGAUUUUUACAUUUGGGAAGGAGUUCUAGCCAUGUACUCCCCCAGACCUGAUUCCAUUCAACUAUUCAAAGUGAUGGGCGGAGAGAUAUUUGAAAUCUACGCGAAUAUGCCGGGAAUUGAAAUUUCGAACCUGAAAUCUGAUGGUUAUUGGCAAUGCGCGGAAAUUCGAGGGGUUUUAUCAACCGGAAAACAUUUUCUGUGUCAUUCUCUAGAUGUGGAUCAUGCUCUGAAGAUUCUGAAGGUACUUCCCGAUAUUCGAAGAAUUCCACGCAAUAACUAUCUCAGGUCCUUCCAUCAGCAAUUGUUGAUAUUUCCAUCCGUUUGGACCCAAAUCCUCUUCGAAAUUGGUCAGCUACGAAAAUCGAGGAACGUCUUCAAAAUUGGAGACGUCUGACGAAACAGCUGUGCGAAUUUCCGGAAAAUUCUCAUAUUAUUCUCGAUUCUCACAUGCUUACUUAACAUUUUCCAGAGUGUUCAGCUUCUUCCCCAUUCUAUUUUUAGUUCCGGGUCAUUGUUGAAGUCACUUUUCGAAAAUGUAUUUAGAAUUACAAUUGAGUAGAAACCAAUAAAUCAAACAACGUCUCGAUUUCUAACUGGACUGAUAGAGAAAAAGAGAAAGCGAGACCAUCUGGAUACUGUUGCAAGAUGAGAGAGUAGAAUGCGGAGAGAGAAGCAGACAGAUCAAUUGUCGUUCUGUUUGUGUUGUGACUCAUAUCUACUCCAUUUGCGCGAUUUCUCCUACCUAAUUUCGAUUUCAACGUUCCAUUUUGCUUCAGUGAUCUUUAAUUUUAAAUAUUGAGGACAUACUUUUAUAGGACAUAGCUUUAUGGCGGUGCAACAUAAUAGAACUGGGCAGAAUAGAACCUCGACACAAUAGAACCGGCCACAAUAUAAACUCAAUUCAUCGCUAGUGCCCCUCGGUGUUUGCAGACGCAAGCCAAAAUUUCCUGAAAUUAGGCUUGAGUCUGCAAACAUCGAGGGAGCAAGAGCGGUAAAUUGAGUAUAACUAUUUAUAACUGUUUGGAGCGCCUUUUAAACAUUUCUGUAGAAUAAUUGUUUCGUAGAAAAAGAUAAAUUUUUAAUCUCGUGAUCGAAUUAUUGCAUUCAUUUAUUUCACUUCCGUCAUGAUUACUCUUCUCCACAGUAACGAAAACCCGCAGAAAACAAUUUUAUUGUACUAUCAAAAACGUAAAGAAACCAAUUUUCCACGUUUAAACUGUGGUCUUCUGCUUAAUUCUUCGAGAGACGAAACAUGUUGCGAAAGUUAAUUGAAAGGAGCGGACAAAAUGCUCAUAUAAAUACAGAAAGUUCUGUAUUCUGUAUUAAUUUCCCAAACCGUUUGUUCAAAAAGAAUAUCUAAGUAUAUUAAGUUGAUUGACUGCCGCAGACUUGCAUAAAAUAGUCCUUCAAAAAGACUGCAAGGAGCCGGCAUGUCGGUGCGAUUUCGCUGCUGUCAUACUUUUCUAAAAAUGCUCGAUGUGUUUCUAGUUUUAGAGGUUUGAAAAAUUCCGUCUUUCUCAAACACUGAAAGAAUACUCAAGAAUUUUCUUGAACACAUUUUUAUCCGGAUAAAAAUCUUUUUUAAGAUGAAAUCCCCCUAAAUCCCAUUUUUAGUUAUCAGCUGUGGGCGGACUUUUCAUUCUUGAGCGGAAAAUACUCAUCAUUUUUUAGAACGUCACCUAUUAUUGAAUCACAUAAAAUGGCGUGGACACGUCUGAUUCCCCAUGAGUUCCUCCUCACUUUCCUGCGAUUUUUACACUUUUUUUUUGUUCUUUUGACCGGUUGUAACCAGAGUUAUUUCAGGAUAACAAUGAAGAAGGUGUUGUUGCGUUCAAUUGCAUUUUUGUCAACAUUGGCGAACAUAGUGGAACCGGUAACAGUUGGAAAGUUGCUUCAAGUUCCGGAUAAAGACCCUACUUUGAAGGUUAGUUACCUGAAAAUACCUGAGCAGGCUUGAAUUUCCUGAGAGCAGCGCCCAAAAUUUUUAGUUUAUAGUUUAGCAUACCCAAUUUAUAUAGUUUAGCAUACCCAAAAGUUUAUAGUUUAGCAUACCCAAUUUUCAUGAGAGCAGCGCCGAAACUGUUCUUUUCCUCCCAAAUAUCUUUGAUUUUCAGGCCCUGGUCUACAAAGAAGGCCUUCCGAUCGCCAACCGGAAAAUCCACGACACAGUAAUGUGGGUCCCUGCCACGACUCAAUUCUCCGCUCGCAGGAUCACUGUAAUCAAUCAGGGCCGUCCGUACAGUACCUGGACCUACGAUUUGCUCCUCCAGCAGAGCGAUUGUCCCAGCAGAGUAUGUUGAUUUUUCACUUUUCACGGCAAUUUUGAGGACAGCUGCCAUCAGUUUCCCAUAUACAUUGCGCUAUUCUCACCUGCCAAUUCAAAAACAUUUUUUGCAAAUUUCACUUCUUGCAGAGUACUCCAAUUGCCGACCUCCCUGGCUGCAAACCAAUGUCGUCGUCCCCAAAAACGGUAAGGAAACCAAAAGGCCAAUUAUGGACACUUUGCAACCAGAAAUGGUGGAUGUCUUUGGAAUCCAGAAAAGGACAAACUUUGGGAUGAUCUGCAUACAACAUGUAACCGAUUCCUCUAAAACUGUGUGUUUAACUGUCUGAUGGCAAAAUAUCUGAGGGCCAGAAUAAUCCAGAAACGUAUUGUCAUCUAGAAACCAUGUCGAUGGUUGCAAAGCGUCCAGAAGACCCAAAAUUAUACUGUAAAUGACCGGUCAAUGUUCAGUUAUGCACCGUAUACACUUCGCUUUUCGACAAUGACUUCUCGUCGGCCGAAUCUGAAGUCUACUGUUCUAAAUCGUAG